AUGCGUUCUACACUUAUGGGUUCGGCGGCAGCCCUUGCCGGGCUUCUCCGCACCGCGACAGCAGCGUCGACACCAGUUGCUUAUACCGAUCCCAAGACCGGCAUCGACUUCCAACAAUACACUGCCACCGGUGGCAACUUCAGCUUCGGUAUUGCCUUCCCCGAAACGAUCGAGAAGGACUUCAUCGGACAGCUUGUGGUACCAAUCAGCACGACAGGAGCAUGGGGAGCUGUUUCGCUUGGCGGAGGCAUGUUGAACCACCUCCUGCUUGUUACAUGGGCCAACGGAGAGGAGGUCGUCAGCACUUUCAGGACCGCGAGUGCAUACGCCAACCCACCUGUUUACGACGCCACCACGGUCAGCGCACUGCCGAUCGCCAACGGAACCUUCGUCAACAGCACCCACUACUCUUUCACCUUCGUCUGUGAGGGAUGUAUCGUGGGCGACACCACAACUUUCAAGGCGACAGACGAGACACCCGUGCUUGGAUGGGCGCUUUCUUCUUCAAACCCUACAACUCCCUCUGACCCUGCUAGCGAGCUGCCUUACCACGAUGCUGGAUUCGGCUUGUACGGGCAACCAGUAGCCGCUGCUCAGUCGGCCAGCUUUGAGACCUGGGCUUCAUGGGCCUCCAAUGCUACCACAACCACUCCGGGAUCCGGCAGCAACUCUACCCUUCCGGUCUCUGGAAACACCACGACUACUGCUCCCACGACUUCCAACGCGACCUACGAUGUGAUCGUCGUGGGUGGUGGUCCCGCUGGUAUCAUCGCCGCUGAGCGCAUUGCUGAGUCUGGUUCAAGCGUCCUCCUAGUGGAGCGUGGCCCGGCCAACACCGUGGCGCUCGGUUCAGCCGAGGGUCUCGAAUGGAACAACACUCUGACUCCAUAUGAUGUUCCGGCUCUUGGAAGCAGUCUGUCUUCCAUUUCUGGUACCAAGAUUUGCAGUGACACCGCCUCGAUGGCUGGCUGCCUUCUGGGAGGAUCAAGCUCCAUCAACGGAGAGAACUUCAUCCGCCCUCCUCAGCACGACUUUGAGAACUGGCCCGCUGAGUGGUCCUGGAACGAUGUGAGCAAGGCCGCUGACCGUCUGUACACCCGCAACCCAGGAACUACUCAGCCCUCGGCUGACGGAAAGCACUACGACGACAUGGCUUACAGUGUUGUGUCUUCCUACCUCGACGCAGAAGGCUGGACCGAGCUUGACUCUAUCAAGACGCCCAACGAGAAGCGCAUGGUCUACUCUCGCCCUGCCUGGUCCAUCACCAACAACAUGCGUGCCGGCCCUGCCAGGACCUACAUGCCCUUCGCUCAGGACCUAGACAACUUCACCCUUCAGCUCGAGACCAAGGUCAUCCAGGUUAAGCGAACUGGCAGCAGCGUCACCGGCGUUCUGGUCGAGCUUGCAGAUGGCAGCCAACAGCUCAUCAACCUGAAGCAAGGUGGCAAGGUCGUCCUCGCCGCUGGUGCCCUUUCUACCCCUAGGAUUCUUUGGAACUCUGGUAUCGGCAAGUCUGAUGCCCUGAAGAUCGUCCAGGGAGGUACGACUGGUGUCCAGCUUCCCGAUGAGGCCGACUGGAUUAACCUUCCCGUUGGUCACGGCCUCAAGGACCACGCUCAGGCUCCCCUACAGUUCACCACCUCCUCCAACUACACCGCCUACAAGUAUACCGACAUUGCCACUGACCCCGUGCAAACCGAUGUAGAGCUCUACAAGCAAGGUUCCGGUGUUCUCACCCAGGCCGCGCAGAGGAUGCACCUGUGGACAUCCGUCAACGGCACUGAUGGCGUAGAGCGUUUCCUCCAGGGAACCGUCAGCUCCAUGAAGGAUGGCACCGUCACCGUCAAGACCUUCCUCACCCACGGCACCCAAUCCACCGGCGAGCUCGGCAUCACCGCCGGCGGCAACACCGUCCUGAACGUGAAGCCCUGGUUGACCGACGCAGCCGACAAAGAGGCUUUCGCCGGCUUCAUCCAGUGGUGGAUGGACAUCACCGGCGCAAGCAACAGCUCCAUCACCUCGACCAUGGCCCUCCCCACGAACUCCACCCCGGAGUCCAUCCUCACCGAGACCCUCAUCUCGGGUGACCACUGGGUCGGCACCACCAAGAUGGGCACAGAUGACGGCCGCAGCAACGGCACUGCCGUCGUCGACACCGACACCAAGGUCUACGGCACGGACAACCUCUUCGUCGUUGACGCCUCCAUCCACCCUGACCUCCCCACCGGAAACACCCAGGCCAUCAUCAUGGUUGUCGCCGAGCACGCCGCUGAGAAGAUCUCCGCCUUCAAGGUCGCAAACGGCACUUCUACCAUCGCGCCUUCCGCUACUGCUUCCGCCAUCGCUGUCGGCACUGCUACCGCCUCGCCCUCCGCCAGCGCUGCUGCAGAGAAGGAAUACACUAUCCAAGAGUUCAUCUCUUUCCUCGAGGAGGCUGAUGCGGCUGACAGCUCUGUUGCAUCGAAGGUUAGGAGGCACGCGCGUGCGUUCUUCGGUUAA